AUGGCAAGGCUGCUCCUGGGCAGCCUGCUGUGUCUUGCCAGCACAGCAUUAGGCAAUAUCUUUGAAUAUGAAGUAGAUUCCCAGCCCUUACGCCCUUGUGAACUUCAGAGGGAGCAAGCAUUCCUGAAGAAAGAAGACUACAUCCCUCAAUGCUUAGCAGAUGGCAGAUUCCGGAAUGUACAAUGCAGCAACAACGGUCUUUCAUGCUGGUGUGUGGAUGCAGAAGGAAAAGAAGUACCAGGCAGUAAGCAGGCAGGAUUGCCAGCCGCCUGUCUAUCCUUUUGCCAGCUCCAGAAACAGCAGAUCUUGGUAAGCGGCUACAUCAAUAGCACCGCCACCUCCUACCUCCCUCAGUGUCAAGAUUCAGGAGAAUAUGAGCUGGCGCAGUGUGAUCUGGGCAUGGUACAGUGCUGGUGUGUGGAUUCGGAAGGAAUGGAAGUGUAUGGGACCCGGCAGAGGGGAAGGCCAACAAGAUGCCCAAGGAGCUGUGAGAUCAGAAAUCGCCGCAUCCUUCAUGGUGUGGGAGAAAAGUCACCCCCUCAAUGUUCAUCUGAUGGAGAGUUUAUGCCAGUCCAGUGCAAAUUUGUCAACACUACAGAUAUGAUGGUUUUUGACCUAGUUCAUAGCUACAACAGGUUCCCAGAGGCAUUUUGGACAUUCAGUUCCUUCAGAAGCAGAUUUCCAGAAGUUUCUGGGUAUUGUCACUGUGCUGAUAGUCAGGGACGGGAACUGGCAGAGACAGGAUUAGAGUUACUGCUGGAUGAAGUUUAUGACACCAUUUUUGCUGGUCUGGAUCCUGCUUCCACCUUCACAGAAACCACCCUGAACCGGAUACUUCAGAGACGGUUUCUAGCAGUUCAGUUAGUCAUCUCCGGAAGAUUUCGAUGUCCAACAAAGUGUGAGAUUGAGAGGCUGGCAGCAACUAGCUUUGGGCAUGCUUAUAUUCCAUCCUGCAAGGACAAUGGAGACUACCAGCCAGUGCAGUGCCAACAGGGAGGACUAUGCUGGUGUGCAGAUGCCAAUGGGAAAGAAAUCUAUGGGACUCGACAGCAGGGGAAGUUACCAUCCUGUGGUGCAGAAGGAUCCUGUGUCUCAGAGAGGCAGCAGGCUUUGUCCAAGCUCUUCUUUGGGCCUGGUGGACACUUCAGCCAACACAGUUUAUUCUUUGUUCCAGAAGAAAGACAAGAACCUCAGAAAGUCGCUAGGUUUGGCAAGUCCUGCCCACCUUCUUUCAAAGAGCUAUUUGUGGACUCUGGGGUGUUGCUCCCUCUCAUUGAAAGGGGAGGUGCUAAGCAGCUCUUCUCCUUGGAAACUGUCUUCAGCGAAGCCAUCGGAGCAAUAUUUCCCUCCAGGGACUUAGCUCUACUUGCCCUUCAGUUCACCACUGACCCAAAGCGACUCCAACAGAACCUUUUUGGAGGGAAAUUCUUGGAGAACAUAAGCCGAUUUAACUUAUCUGGGGCCAUUGGUGCAAAGAGCACAUUCAACUUUGCCCAAUUUUUUCAGCAAAUUGGCCUAGAAGAAAUCAAGAACAAAGGAGAUAUAGUUGAACUGACCAAACAGCUAUCAGUUGGCCAAGAUUCUCUCCGUGAUGAAGAGGUCCCCAUAGAUUCAAAGAAAAGGCUGAAUCUGAAUCAACCAAUUGUAGGCAGCUUUGGCCAGAAGAUUAAUUUACAGGAAAACCAAAACAAGUUAAAAUUCCUUGCCUCUGUUCUGGAGCUGCCAGAGUUUCUUCUUUUCUUGAAGAGUAUGAUUUCAGUCCCAGAGACCAUAGCCAGAAGUCUAGGUGAUAUCGUGAAAAUGGCCCUCAACUCCCAGGCCUGUGAACAGCCGUCCAGUGAGCUGUUUGUUCCCACAUGCACUGAAGCGGGGAGUUAUGACCAAGUCCAGUGCUUUGCUGGAGAGUGCUGGUGUGUGGAUCCCCGGGGCAGGGAGCUCCCAGCUACAAGGAUUCGAGGCCAACGCCCCCGGUGUCCCACUGAAUGUGAGAAACAAAGGGAGCAGGCACAAGUUUUGAUGAGAGGCCUGCCUGCGGGGGCAAGUCUUCCUGUCCCUUCCUGUUCAAGUGAUGGAAGUUUCCUGCCGGUCCAGUGUUCUGAUUCGGGUUGUUACUGUGUUAAUUCUGAGGGUCGAGCCAUUCCUAGAACUGAAACAGUGAAUGGAGAACCGGAGCAAUGUCCAACUCCUUGUCAGUUGGCUGCUGAACAAAUGUUUUUACAGACAGUCCAAGUCCUUCUGGAUGAGCCCAGCCUGUUGUCCCAGCUCUCUGACAUCUAUAUCCCACAGUGUAAUUCCAAAGGCCAAUGGAAAAGGGUGCAAUGCAAUGGGCCCCCUGAGCAAGCCUUCAAGUGGUACCAGCGGUGGAUCACCCAAAACAAUGGCGGCCAAGAUCUGCCCCCCUCUGAGCUCAUCCAAAGGAUAGUGAGCUACAGAGAAGCAUCGGAGACCUUUAGCAACUAUAUCAAAAAACUAUACGAGGCUGGCCAACAGAAUAUCUUCCCCCUGCUUAGUGGCUACUCUUCCUUCCAAGCUGUGCCGAUUGAAGUGUUGGAAGGCAAUGUGACAGUGUCUGGAGACGACAUUCUUUUUGACCCGUUCACAUUCUGGCAACUCCUGACUGGACGACUCAGUUAUUAUCCCGGCCGCUACACUGAUUUCAGCUCCCCCUUGGACCAUUUUGAACUUAGAAGUUGUUGGUGUGUCGAUGAGAAUGGGCAAGAACUAAAAGGAACACAAGUUGAACCCAACAAAGUCCCUGCGUGUCCUGGUGCAUGUGAGGAGGUGAGACUCCAAGUUGUUCAGUUCAUUGAGGAAGCAGAAGAAGUCAUCAGGGCUUCCAACAGCUCCCAGUUUGCCCUGGGAGAGAGUUUUCUGAUGGCUAAGGGAAUCCUGCUGAGUGAUGAAGAGAUCUCCCGUCCUCUCUCCUUCCCAUCUGGGGACACGUUCUCAAACAAGCUGUUCCGUGGGAUCGAUUAUGCCCUUCGAAUAGCAGCACAGUCUACUUUGUCCUUCUAUCAGAGAAGCUACUCUGCUCUGGGAAACCCUGUGAAAGAAGCUACUCUCCUGGGAUAUCAUCCAUAUGUCCCACAGUGUGAUGGGCUGGGUAACUGGGAACCACUCCAGUGUUCUGAAAGUACCGGGCACUGCUGGUGUGUGGAUGAGAAGGGCCAAUAUGUGGCAGACUCCUUGGCUGCUCGCUCUGCAAGAUUGCCACAGUGUCCCUCAGCAUGUGAGAAGUCUCGGACCAAUGGAUUGCUUUCCGGCUGGGAACAAGGGGCCACUGAAGGCAGUGCUUCUCCAGGAGACCUAUUCACUCCAUCCUGCCUGGAGACAGGAGAAUACAACCAGCUACAGAAAUCAGACAGCAAUACUUGGUGUGUGAAUCCAGCAUCUGGGGAGGGCAUACAAUCUGGUCAACUCACUUCUAACAACAGCAUCCAAUGUCCUAGCAUUUGUACCACAUUAAUGGAAAAAGCCACUUUGAGGGAAGCUGGCAAUGGAUACAUCCCCACUUGUGUAGAAAAUGAUGGACGUUUCUCACCAGUGCAGUGUGACCAGGAUCAGGAGAGCUGCUGGUGUGUGUUGGAGAAUGGUGAGGAGGUUCCAGGAACACGAGUCACUGGAGGCCGACCCUCAUGUGAACGUCCUCAGUGUCCACUGCCCUUUAAAGCCUCUGAUGUAGUCCAUGGAGCAGUUCUUUGUGAGAAGGGGACAGACCAAGGACAGGCUGUUCAGCAAUGCCAGAUUAUGUGUCGCCAGGGCUAUCAAAAUGCUUUGCCCCGGGGGCCAUUUAUAUGCAAUAUAGAGAAUCAGCGCUGGAUUUCAGAGCCUCCUCUGCCCCAGGCUUGUCAGAAACUCCAGUUGUUGCAGACCGUGCAAACCCAAGUACAAUUCCAUCUUCAGCUUCCCCCUGGGAAGAAGUGCAGCGCUGACUACUCUGGCUUACUCCAGGCUUUCCAGAGUUUCAUCCUGGAUGAGCUAAAGGCCCGUGGCUUCUGUCAGAUUCAGGUGAAGACUUUUGGGAGUACCGCCUAUUUUCCUGUCUGUGAUGAUGCUACAGUGCAGGUGGAGUGUCUGACUGUGGAACGCCUCGGAGUGAAUGUUACUUGGAGAUCCCAGCUAAAGGACAUCUCAGCAACCUCUCUUCCUGACUUCCAUGAUAUCGAAAAUGCCUUCAUGGGAAAUGACCUCGUUGGACGCUUUGUAAAGCUAAUCCAGAAUGGUGGUUUCCAGCUUCAUUUAGAUUCCAAGACCUUCCCAGCAGACACUACUAUACAAUUCCUCCGAGGCGAUUACUUUGACAUGUCUCCAAGUGUGCAGUUUGGAUGCAAGAAAGGAUUCCAGAAGUACUCUCCACCAGGCAGAACAGUCCUGUAUUCACCUGGAUGUGUUGUUUGCCCUGAAGGCAGCUACUUUCUGGGUGAAGAAUGUGUUCCCUGUUCUCUCGGAUUCUACCAAGAGCAGCCAGGCAGCUUGGCCUGUGUCCGCUGUCCUGCAGGCAGAUCUACCAUUUCAACCGGAGCUUUCAGCCAAAGUCACUGUGUUACUGAUUGUCAGAGAAAUGAGCUGGGCCUGAAGUGCGAUGAUGAUGGUGGAUACAUUCCUAGUCAGAAAGACCUGAGUGACGGGAGAUCCUUCUGCGUGGACAGCCUUGGAAAGAUGUUGGCUUGGACACAGACAGAUGGUCCUUUGACCAACUCCCAGUGCCUAAUGCUCCGGAAUUUUGAGCGAGCCCCAGAAUAUAAGGUUAUCUUCAAUGCCAAUGAUACUAUGGUGGUUCAAUCUAAAACCAUGAAAGGAGAGUUUCCACUGAUACAGUGCCUCUCAGACUGCUCUAUUGAUGAGGCUUGCACCUUCCUCACAGUGGCUGGGACUGGAUCUGAUGCCGUAUGUGAUUUCUACACUGGCACAUAUGUCAACAUUGAUUGUGUGGCUUCCAGUCAGGAACAAGAUGCUCUGGGAAACACUGCUGCCACCAGUUUUGAACAGCUGAAUUGUCUUCUUAAAGUGAAGAACGAUGAUAAAGCAUCUGUGACUGUAUAUUUGAAAAAAGGGUAUGAAUUCACCACAUCUGGUCAGAAAACAUAUGAGAAAAUGGAUUUCCAGAAUACUCUCUCAGGAGUCUACCAGUCCAUCAUGUUCUCAGCUGAUGGAGCGAAUCUGACAGACACUCAUCUCUACUGCCGCCUGGCCUGUGAUAGAGAACCCUGCUGUGAUGGCUUCAUCCUCAGUCAGACUUUGCUCGGAGGAGGUACGAUCCUUUGCAACCUGAUGAGCUCCCCCGAUGUCCUGCUCUGCAAUAAAAAUGACUGGAGGCCAUCUUCAGAGGUCCAGAGCUAUGGCAAAUGUGAUAAUGUGAAGUAUGACCCAAGGAAGAAGCAGUUUAUAUUGAGCCUGGGAGGCCAAGAGUUCACAGGAAAUUCAACAAUGGAACUUUUCUCCCAAGUGAACACAGAGCUUGUUCUCAUAGAUGGAAACAGGACUGUGCCCAGUCAGCAGUACCGGCUCUUCAAGCUGCAGUAUUCAGCCCAGCAGGCAAAGCUGUGGUGUCUCUAUCGCUGCGCUCAAGAGAACACUUUCUGUCAGCUGGCGGAGGUACGGAACACCAGCAGCGGGGAUUUCACCUGCACACUCUUCCCAGAAGCUCAGACGUGUGACAAUUCUCUUACAUUCACACCUGAGAGCUGCACUUUUGUCUUUCCUUACAGGCCACAGACCCUUUUUCACAAAAAAGUUGUCUUGGGAGACAGAGUGAAGGCGUUUUACAAUCGCCUGCCAUUCCAAGUACUGAGGGGGAUUUCUGUACGAAGCAAAGUGUCUAUGACAAGAAAACCUGUUUCCAGUGGGUUCUUUGAAUGUGAACGCAGGUGUGAUGCUGAUCCCUGCUGCAAAGGCUUUGGUUUCCUCAACGUUUCCCAGACAGAAGGUGGAGAGGUGAUGUGCCUGACUCUGGGCAAUCUAGGCUUCCAGACAUGCAGUGAAGAAACCAAAGGCCUCUGGCGGGUUUUGGACUGUAGCUCUCCAGAUACUGAAACCAGAACGUAUCCGUUUGGCUGGUACCAGAACCCAGUGGUUCAGAAUGAUGCUCCCACUAUGUGCCCAUCUGCUCUUCUGCCUCCUCUCCUAGACAAAGUCUCUUUGGACUCGUGGCAAUCCUUGGACGUCUCUUCAGCUCUCAUUGAUUCAUCCAUCAUGAACUUCGACAUAGCCCACAUCAGCAUCGAUGCUUCCAGCAACUUUUCAGCUUCCAGAGACCUCUGCCUGUCAGAAUGUUACCGGAAGCCAGCCUGCCACAUCACAACCCUGGAGGUCCGGCCUGCAUCUGUCCGGUGUGUGUUCUAUCCAGAUACCCAGAGCUGCACGCACAGCCUACAGGGCCACAGUUGCCGGCUCUUGCUCCGGGAGGAGGCCACCUAUAUUUAUAGGAAGAAAGGUAUCUCCAUGCUUAACUAUACUACAGACCCAGCCACAGUGUUCAUUGCCACCCAGGGGACUCUGAAGGGCAGAUCUGAAGCGAUUCAAGUGGGUGCCGAGUGGAAAAGAAUUGUCCAGUUCUUUGGAGUUCCAUAUGCGACCCCACCACUGGGACAAAAGCGAUUCCGCGCACCAGAGACAUAUAACUGGACUGGUUCUUGGGAGGCCACUGUGCCACGGGCCAACUGUUGGCAGCCUGGAUUUGGAAAGGCCUCAUCUCCUACUGUCAGUGAAGACUGUUUGUACCUGAAUGUGUUUGUCCCUCAAAACCUUAGCCAGAAUGCAUCAGUGCUAGUGUUCUUCCACAAUACUGGUGAAUAUAGGGGGAGAAAGGAGCAGCUAGACCUGGAAGGAUCAUUUCUUGCUGCAGUUGGAGAUAUCAUUGUGGUCACUGCAAGCUACCGAGUUGGUAUCUUUGGCUUCCUGAGCACUGGGUCUAAUGAGGCCCCUGGAAACUGGGGCCUGUUGGAUCAGGUAGCAGCUCUGAAAUGGGUACAGGAUCACAUCUCCAGCUUUGGUGGAGAUCCCCGUCAAAUGUCUGUGGCAGCAGACCGAGGUGGUGCUGAUAUCACCAGCAUCCACCUUCUGACCACCGCAGCUAAUGCAAGACUUUUCAAAAGAGCAGUACUGAUGGGUGGCUCAGCUCUCUCUCCUGCAGCAGCGAUUAGCCAGAAAAGGGCUCAAGAACAGGCAGCAGCUCUUGCCCAGGAAGUCAGUUGUCCAACCUCUCCUGAUGGUGAUAUGAUGUCCUGCCUCCGCCAGAAACCUGCUGACAUCCUCAAUGAUGCUCAAACCAAGCUCCUGGCAAUAAGUGGCCCAUUUCACUACUGGGGACCAGUGGUUGACGGCAUCUAUCUCCAAGAGACUCCAACCAGAGCAUUGCAGAGAUCUCCGAGGGUGAAAGUAGAUCUGCUCAUUGGAAGCUCUCAAGGAGAUGGGCUGAUCAACAGAGCAAAGGCCAUUAAGAAAUUUGAAGAAAGUCAAGGUAGAACCAGUAGCAAGACAGCCUUUUACCAAGCUCUUCAGAAUUCCCUGGGCGGAGAGAACUCGGACGCCAGCAUCGAAGCAGCAGCGACGUGGUAUUAUUCCCUUGAGCAUUCAACUGAAGAUUAUGCAUCAUUCUCCAGGGCACUGGAAAAUGCUACCCGGGACUAUUUUAUCAACUGUCCCAUUAUUGACAUGGCCAGCCACUGGGCAAGGGAAACCCGAGGGAACACCUAUAUGUACUACGUGCCUGAAACCUACUCUCAGAACAGCAUGGAGUUGCUGGCUGAUGUCCAAUAUGCCUUUGGACUACCCUUCCAUCCUCAGUAUGAACAGCAGUUUACUCUGGAAGAAAAAAGCCUGUCACUGAAAAUAAUGAAAUAUUUUGCCAACUUCAUCAAGACAGGAAAUCCCAAUUAUUCUUAUGACUUCUCGAAGAAGGUACUAGAAACUACAACCUUGUGGCCAGAAUUCCUUCCUCAUGCUAAUGGAGAUAACUAUAAAGAAUUUAGCCCUGGACUCCCGAAUCACCAGGGACUGAAAAAAGCUGAAUGCUCCUUCUGGUCCAAGUACAUCCAGACACUGAAAGCACCUGCAGGUGGAGUGCCAAGUGAACAGCCACUGGUAGCAGAAGAGAAUCUUGGCCUUGGGUCUGUGGGGAUCGAGGCACCACCCAGUAUCCCCGAGCAGGGCCAGAAAAGCUACAGCAAAUGA